GCCGAGGUGGGGGGGGGGUGCCCUGAGCAUUGAGGCGGAGGGAACCCGCCGCGGCUCCGUCGCCGGAGAGGGAGGGCCCGCUGCCGUCGAACACAUGAAAUCAGCCCAGAAAUGGGAAGGGGUUUGUCUUCCUAUGAAGAUCAUUCUGAUGACCUGAAGAAGGAGCCAGGCAAGGUUCCAGCUCCUGGUGAGGACAGAGCCUGGGAGCCCCAGUAACCUGGCCAGCAAGGAGGAAGAAGAGGAGGAGGAGGAGGUGAAUCAUGUCUGCUGGGGGUCUGGCGCUGCCGGAGAGCCCAGGCGCGGCCGGGCUCAGCAUGCCCCUGCCUGAACCCAGUGAGCCAGAUGUGAAGGCUGACCCGGAGCCCUCGGAGCCUGGCAAAGCUGUGCUCCCCGCUGCCCCCAGGAAGCCCAGGAAGUUCUCCAAGCUGGUCCUGCUGACAGCCUCCAAAGACAGCGCCAAAGUGGCUGGGGCCAAGCGCAAAGGUGUGCACUGCAUCAUGGCCCUGGGCGCGCCAGGCCCUGCCACGCUGGCCAAGGCCCUCCUCAAGACCCACCCAGAGGCUCAGCGGGCCAUUGAGGCAGCUCCCCCCGAUCCCCAACAGAAGCGCAGCAAGCUGGGCCUGGAUGCUGACACCAAAGAACACAGCGGAUUGGCUGCAGUGGCUCCCAUCCUGCUCCCAGAAAAGGCUGCUGGGCACCUGGCCCCGUCCACUGCGUCCCUGUAACCUUGCCAAUGGUGGAGCCGUGGAUCCUUGGAGGACCAUCACUGGGAGAGGGGAACGAGGGGAGGAGCUGUCCACAGGGCUCUUAGAAGCCCAUGGGGAGUGGAGCGGAGGUUUGUUUUCAAAAAGAUCAAGCAUGUUACUUUUUGUAAGAAAAGACAUAUUCAAAGGGAGAAAAUAAGGAGCCCUGUUAAAGUAUUUUAGAUUGCCAGAAAACCGCACAGACAUCCAGGCACAAAGAGCAAAGAAAAGGCUUACUGCCAGUAAAGGGGCUGCCAAGACCCCUUCCCACAAGAGAGGAGUGAGAAGAGGCACCAGCUAUUUCUGAGGUGAUCUAUAUAACCUUCUGAGGCUAGGAGAGGCUAGAAGGGACCAGGAGGCAGAGACCCUGGUGUGGAUAUGAGGCUCAGGGGCUUCAUCAUGGUGGACUAGGAUUUAGGAUUGGGAUCCAAAUAGUAGAUAAGGGUUGCUGCAACUGCCCAGACCUGAAGGUCACUCGAAGGAGCUCUUGCUGCCUUUGAGGGUGGUGGCUGCCCCAGAAGAGUGCCAGCUCAAGGUAAAGGGUUUGGAGGCUGAUUAUUUACUGCCUUUACUACAGGGGCCUAGUGUUGUCUAGGAAGGGAGCAUGCCAAGCCGUAGAGAGGGGAAGGAACAUGCUAAGUUAUGGGAAGGGAGCUCAUUGGGCUAACCAGCCCUAUGCGAUUUCCCAUUGCAGAUGGGUUUUUAACAUUCCAGGAUUCUGGGUUCUUGGGACCUGGCUCCAAUCCCACCAGCCUAGAGCCCUCCUCCCUCUACCAGCCUUCACGUGCCUCUCGCCUCUCCAGAGUAACCAGAGCAGGUGAACCAUCCUCUAUGGCUUCUAACCCCAGGCUUCGCCGCUCUAGACCCCUCUGGCCUGGAAAAUGAGCCACUGAAGAUAACUAGGUGGGUGGCUCCAAGGUUUCCUCUUCCUAUUGCCCUUAGAAUGGGGCCAGUGGGAGCUCAAGGCCCAGACCCUGGAUAGCCAGGCCAUUCCCUCCAGGGGCCUGUCCCUGGGAGGCCUCAGACGCCCACCUGCUGGGGCCUCCCACGAUCAGAAGGUUACUUCCCUGCCUAGCCCGCACCUCGCUUCUUCUGGGUGAGGUGGCACUGAGCCUUUCCCCUAGCCCACUGGCUGCCACCAGGCUGGAUUAAACAUGAAGGAAGCAGUUCCCUUCCUCCAGCCCUCCACCAGGCUCCUCCACAAAGCUUCUGGCCUUUGGUUUCCUUAUUCUUUGAAAAUCACCUCUGAGUACAAAGAAGCCUUCAGGUUAUUUUUUUUUUUCAGUGUAGGAUGUAGAAGCUGUUUAUUGUUAAAUAGGAUGUUUUCAAAACCAACUAGCAUCUGCAUUUUGCUAUAUUUCUUUUACAUGGAAACUUCUUCUUGCCUGGAAACUUCUGCUAGUUCUAUGUUUAAAUAGAAUCCACUGAUUUAUCCUUU